AUGAGGAAACUGGGAUUUGAUGAAAUUUGGAUUGAUUUGAUAUAUAGACAUAUUUCUAAUAAUUGGUACUCUAUUAUCCUUAAUGGAACCAGAAAUGGUUUCUUCAAAUCCAACAGAGGUCUCAGGCAAAGAGACCCUCUGUCUCUAGCACUCUUUGUAAUAAGUGCUGAACAUUUAUCUAUUUUGUUUAUUAACUUGUCUUUGAAUGCGAAUUACACAGGGUACUACAAGCCUAUAAAGGGACCAAGUAUUACACACUUGGCAUUCACAUCAGGUAAACCUGGUGAUUUAAGGAAAGUUUUGAAUGUUUUAACUAUGUAUGAGAAUGUUUCAGGUCAUCUUAUAAACAAGAAUAAAAGUUGUGUGGCCCUGGCUCCAAAAGCAUAUAUUGAACUCAUCCACAUAAUGGUCCACAUCACUGGAAUGCACAGAAAAGAAUGGUCUAUCAAAAUUGUUCUCAUCAAACAUGUAUUACUUGCAAUGCCAAUGCACUUAUUGGCAGCCAUGAAGCCUCCAAAAGGAACCUUUGAGCAGAUAGAAGGGGCCAUAGCAAGAUUCCUUUGGAAUGGAAAUGACAACAUGAAGAAAUAUCAUUGGUGCAAAUGGGAGAAGAUGUGCCUGCCAUUUGAAGAAGGAGGAGUUGGGUUUAGAUGCCUGAGAGACACUAGCAAAGCCUUUAUUGCUAAGAGUGGUGGAACCUAA